GCAAAAUGGCGUUAUGAAGUUCGAUUUCGCGGCACGACAUUUCUGUUGUUCCUGUCUUUGUCUCAAAAUCGUGGCGUUAUUACAAAACUCUACGCCCCUUUUCGGCUCAUCUGCUGCUGUGCAGUAGUCGUUGUGACUUCGGGUAGACCGUAACCUGUCGUAAGGAUGGAGGAGAUCGUGGCCAAAGUGGGGAACGUAGUCUUCGAGGUGGAGAUCGCCCUGGAACAGCAGCUUGGUGCGUUACCUCUGCCGUUCCCUGGUAUGGACAAGUCGGGCGCGGCCGUGUGCUGCUUUUACGUUCAGGGAAACUGCAGUAAAGCGUCCGCAUGCCCCUUCAGGCACGUAAAGGGUGACCGAACAGUCGUGUGCAAGCACUGGCUUCGCGGCCUGUGCAAGAAAGGCGACCAGUGUGAAUUUCUGCACGAGUUUGAUAUGACGAAAAUGCCCGAAUGUUACUUCUACUCGCGCUUCAACGCGUGCAGCAACAAAGAUUGCCCAUUCCUCCACAUUGAUCCAGAGGCAAAGAUCAAAGAUUGUCCAUGGUACGAUCGCGGGUUCUGCCGGCACGGUCCCAACUGCCGCCACCGUCACACCCGGCGCGUUAUGUGCCUCAACUAUCUGUGCGGCUUCUGCCCCGAAGGACCCGAGUGCAAGUUUAUGCACCCCAAGUUCGACCUCCCCGUUCAAGAUGCAGCUCAGCAGGCCAAGCGGGCGGCCAUUGUGUGCCAUUACUGCGGAGAAGCCGGCCACAAGGCGAUCGCCUGCCACCAGAUGCCGGCCGAGCUGAAGGAAGAACAUUCACGUAUGCACUUCCACCACCACUACGGCGGCAGACGAGACCAGCACGACGAAGGAGCCACCAUGAACACCUCGGGCUCGCAGCGAGGUUUUAGACCGCUGGACCAGGUCACCUGCUACAAAUGUGGAGAAAAGGGCCACUAUGCCAACAAGUGUCCAAAGGGACACUUGGCUUUCCUUAGCAGUGCCCUCCAGAACACGAGCAGCUUAUGAGUCAGCACUGUUGCUGCUUCCCCCUUUUUCCAGAACACUCGCCUUGCUGCGUGAGCCUAAUUUAUGCAUGCUUGCUUCCUGCGGAAUGCAUAGGAGCAGGCGUCAUGACGACAUGAUGACCGCAGUAAACGGGGCGGGCAUUGAUUUUUAUCUUUACAUUUUCAUUGCCUAGUGUACAGGCUGCCUAGCUGUAUGCUGUGCAGUAAACUUGGUGAUAUGAUCACUCUUGUGUGCAGUGAAAAUGUUUGUAUUGCAGUGGUUUCAAAUUCAAAAUCAAUGGCA